UAUUUAAAAGAAUAAGGCUCUGCGCUUUGCUCUUUUGCAUACUUUCCCCUCCCCUUUCUUCUCGGCUCCUAAGGAUUCCUUAUUUUGUUUUUCUUCGUUAGAUAAUCCUGCAGCAGGACUGGCAUUUUUGUCGCGGUCGCGGACCCUCGGCGACCACCUGGACCUCCGCUGCCGCGACUUUCUGGCCAAAUACACCCAGGAACAUUCACUAUUCGUUUAUACCAGUAUAUACUGCAGUAACUGGCCUUUGCAGUAUUAAUAUCCACCGAGUCAGUUCCAUAUAUUCGGUUGGCGCUUACUUUUGUAUUCUUUUUAUCCUCUGAGACACCCUACGUUAGCUCGUCGCAUUAUUUUCGCCUCUCGUCAAGGAACUGAAUCGGAACUCUAAUACGACGCUCCACGCUUCGAAUUUACCAUCUACGAUAAGACGAGAUGUCGAGGAACUUUUUAAGCCAAGAUUUCGGUUCUGAUGAGGAGGAUGAUGAUUUCAACCCCGCGCCUGGAGAUGUCUCUGACAAUGAGGUUAAGUCGGAACAUGGUGCUGUCGAGGAUGAUGAAGGAGAUAAUGAGGAUGAAACGAAUCCUGAUGGUGUACCAUCAUCCCAACCAGCGAGACCUGAAAUUGAGGAGGUAGACGAAGAUGAGAAUGUGAAUGGCGAUGCCGACGAAGAUGAACAGGGCAAUGAAGAGGACGAGGACGAGGAAGAAGAAGAGGAGGAUGAGGAUGAUGAAGAAGCUGUUUCGAGGCCUAAGAAACGACAGAGAAAAGGCAUUCUUAAUUUCAUCGACGAGGAAGCUGGUGUAGAUGACGAAGACGAGGAAGAGGAAGAGGAAGAGGAUGAGAUGGGCGAGUUUGGGGCAGAGAUGCACCCGGACGACCUUGAGGCGCUGCCUGUUGGUGCGGAUAUAGAUGACCGUCGACACCGUCAACUCGACCGUCAACGCGAGCUGGAAGCCAGCAUGGACGCUGAGAAACAGGCGCAGUUGCUCAAAGAACGGUAUGGCCGGAACCGUAUGGCUCCGUCGGAUGCGCUGGUUGUGCCGAAACGGCUACUCCUUCCGAGCGUCGACGACCCGAGUAUCUGGGCCGUUCGCUGUAAAGCGGGCAAGGAACGUGAGGUUGUCUUUUCCAUUCAGAAGCGCAUCGAAGAUCGGCCACCAGGGUCUCGGAAACCAAUUAAGAUCAUGUCCGCUUUCGAACGUGGGGGCCCGAUGAGCGGUUAUGUCUACGUUGAAGCGCGUAGGCAAGCCGAUGUCAUGGAAGCUCUGGAGGACAUGACCAACGUCUACCCAAGAUCGAAGAUGAUCCUUGUUCCUGUCAAGGAAAUGCCUGACCUGCUGCAUGUUCAGAAAUCUGAAGAACUUUUGCCUGGCGGUUGGGUUCGUAUCAAACGUGGGAAGUACCAAGGCGACCUAGCCCAGAUCGAGGAGGUGGAGACAAACGGGCUUGAUGUGACGGUGAGAUUGGUUCCGCGUCUGGAUUAUGGUCUGAAUGAAGACUCGGGGCGUCCUAUCAUAGAUCCUAAGAGGAAACGUGGUGGCAUGAAUGGAACAACUGCUCGUCCCCCUCAGCGCCUGUUCAGCGAAGCGGAAGCAAAGAAGAAGCACAGUAAAUAUCUAUCUGCUACAUCUGGUCUGGGCGGGAAGUCAUGGAGCUAUCUGGGCGAGACUUACAUCGAUGGUUUCCUCAUCAAGGACAUGAAGGUGCAGCACCUUAUCACGAAGAACGUCAAUCCUCGUCUUGAAGAGGUCACUAUGUUUGCCAGGGGCUCCGAAGAUGGGACCUCAAACUUGGAUCUUGCUUCUCUUGCAGAGACACUCAAGAACACUACGGCCGAAGACGCAUAUCUUCCGGGUGAUCCCGUCGAGGUGUACCGUGGUGAACAGCAGGGCCUAAUCGGCCGAACUGUUUCCACUCGCGGUGAUAUUGUAACUUUACAGGUGACAGAAGGCGAUUUAGUUGGCCAGAAGAUCGACGCUCCGGUGAAAUCACUCCGCAAGCGCUUCAGGGAAGGUGAUCAUGUCAAGGUCAUUGGAGGCAGCAGAUAUCAAGAUGAGUUGGGGAUGGUUGUUCAAGUUAAGGAUGAUACCGUCACUCUUCUUAGCGAUAUGAGCAUGCAGGAAAUCACUGUCUUCAGCAAGGAUCUUCGGCUGUCUGCUGAAACUGGUGUUGACGGAAAGCUUGGUAUUUAUGACGUUCAUGAUCUCGUACAGCUUGACGCCUCCACUGUUGCUUGUAUCAUUAAGGUCGACCGUGAGUCGCUUCAGGUGUUGGAUCAAAAUGGCUCUACUCGAACGAUUCUCCCUUCCCAGGUCGCGAAUAGGAUUCCUCCGCGCAAAGAUGCUGUCGCUACGGACCGCAAUGGUGCUGAGAUCCGAGUCGGUGACACGGUUCGAGAAGUCUAUGGUGAACAGAGGCGUGGCGUCAUAAUCCACAUUUACCGCUCCUACCUUUUCCUUCAUAACAAGGUCCAGGCUGAAAAUUCCGGUGUCGUGGUUACCCGUACGACCAACGUUGUAACGGUGUCGGCCAAGGGUGGUAGGGCUACAGGGCCUGACCUUUCGAAGAUGAACCCAGCUCUUAUGAGACCAGGCAUCAAUGCAGGGGUUAUGCCACCACCGAAGACCAUGGGACGGGACCGACUGAUUGGGAAAACAGUCUCUGUCAGAAAAGGUCCCUUCAAGGGUCUAGUUGGUAUCGUGAAGGAUGCCUCAGAUGACCAAGCCCGAGUUGAACUUCAUUCUAAAAAUAAAUUGGUUACGAUACCGAAGGAAAUCCUUAUUGUGAAAGACCCUGUCACUGGCCAAACGUUGGACAUGUCUCGUGGUGGAAAAGGAGCCCGUGUGCCGUUCGGUUCUGCAGCUGUGCCAGCAAGAGAUGGCUGGCAUGGUGGUCGAACUCCCAUUGCUGCUGCUGACUCUUCUAGAACACCUGCUUGGGGACUUGCAACAUCAUCCAGAACCCCUGCCUGGGGAGCUGUCAGUGGCUCUCGCACGCCAGCCUGGAAAAUGGACGGAUCGCGUACCUCAAAUCCAUACGAUGGAAACCGUACUGCCUACGGUGGAUAUGGGUCUCGCACGCCAGCCUGGAAUGCCGGUGCAAAAACUCCAUACGACUCUGGUUCUGGGUCGAGCGGUUUUGAUGCCUUCGCUGCCGGUUCUAGGACUCCCGCCUGGGGCAUGUCGAACAACUCAGGCAGCCGCACGCCUGCGUGGUCUGCCGGAGCUAGUUCGAAUAACACAAGUCGAGAUUCACGCGGUUAUGACGCCCCUACUCCUGGAGCAAGUUAUUCUGCGCCUACGCCUGGCGCGUAUGGCAGUGCUCCCACACCAGGGGCUUGGGCAGAUAGCGCUCCAACACCGGGAGCAAGGAGGCCGUACGAUGCACCCACUCCCGCAGCUUUCGAUAACAGUCAUCCAUAUGAUGCUCCCACCCCAGCCAUGGGCAUUUCGGCCGUUACUCCGGGAGCAGAUGCGUACGGGGACGGUGAUGAAGGUGGACCACGAUAUGAUGAGGGAACACCCAGUCCUUAGAUAAAAAAUUGGUUGGUUGAUUGGUGCUUUUUUCGUCGGUUCAAUCUCUUCUACCCUUAUCUUAUAUCCUACUCGAUUUUAUUGUCUCUUUUGGGGUUGUUAUCCUGCGAGCAAAAUGAUGAUAGAAGAGAACGAGAACAAAAGAGAUUUCCUUGAAUCGCGUGCCAUGAUAUUUCAGAUUUGAGGCAUGACAUACCAAAUUACCAUUAUUAUUGUCCACCUGUUAAAUUGACAAAAAGAAAGUACAUUCGCAUGCGUGUGCUAUUUACCCAUUGUAUGUACUAU